AUGGAGGCUCAAAUUCAUCAACUUGAGCAAGACGCGUACUCCGCUGUCUUGCGUGCUUUUAAAGCUCAGUCAGAUGCUCUUACUUGGGAGAAAGAAGGUUUGAUAACUGAGCUAAGAAAAGAGUUGAGGGUUUCAGAUGACGAACACCGAGAACUUCUUACCAGGGUUAAUUCUGAUGAAAUAAUCCACCGCAUAAGGGACUGGAGACAAACCGGCAUCUACCAACCUCCAAGACGCAGCACAUCACAGCCUGUUCAUGACAUUUUACCCAGUCCAACUGUUUCAGCUUCCCGCAAAAAACAGAAAACGUCUCAUUCGGGUCAGUCAUUGCCUGGUUUGUCUACAGUAAAGUCUGGACCGUACGCAUCUACUGGACCUGCUGGGGCUAGGCAUUUUGCAAAUCGCAAUUCUUCUAGUAAUCUGAUAUCUAAUGCGCCUGGUGAAGGAGCAUCAUUUGAUCCAUUGAUUGGGAAGAAAGUUUGGACUAGAUGGCCUGAAGACAACCACUUUUAUGAAGCUGUCAUAACUGAUUACAACCCUACCGAGGGCCGGCAUGCUUUGGUUUAUGAUAUUAAUAAAACAAAUGAAACUUGGGAAUGGGUUGAUCUCAAAGAGAUAUCACCUGAGGAUAUACGAUGGGAAGGUGAAGAUCCGAGCAUACUCCACAGAAGUGGACAUGGAAGUCAAGGUCGUGGAGCAAAGUUCUUUAGCCAUGGUAACGAUACUUUAGGUGCUGGAAGAGGAAGAGGGCAUCCAAGAUAUCAACCCAGAAAAGAACUUAUCGUGCCACAAAAUGGUAUUGGAAAUAGAGUUUCAGAUGAGAUUGAGUUGCUGAACACAGAUGCACUAGUUAAGGAGGUGGAAAGGGUUUUUGCUACAAGUCUUCCAGAUUCCACAGAGCUUGAGAAAGCAAAGCAAAUGCUGAAAGAGCAUGAGCAGGCUCUUGUCGAGGCCAUUUCGAGGAUUGCAGAUGCAUCAGAUGGUGAAAGUGAUGAAGAGCAACCAUAUUUAUAA